GCCCUGUUUGCAAAUGUCUGCAGCGCUCGGUUGCAGGAUUUGUGCCCGAGAAUCGGGAUUUCUCAGUAGCUAAGUCGUUUUUUUCGUACUGACGUGUACGUGUGUGCAUCGGGAUGUCUGUGAUGGACUGGUACGCGCACAAAUCGCUCGACAACGGCGUGUUUUGGAUCCAAGAGCGCUUUUACGAAUCGGGGAACAGGGCCAACAUCUGGCUCAUUCGCGGAUCUCACCAGGACGUGGUGAUAGACGCCGGCCUGGGUUUGCGGAGCCUGCCCGACUACAUCAGCUCCAAAGCCCUGCUGGGUGACGACACGAAGCGGAAGAACCCCUUACUGGCCAUCGGCACGCACGUCCACUUCGAUCACUCGGGUGGCCUGCACCAGUUUCAACAAGUGGGCGUGCACAAGGCCGAGGUCGAUGCCCUGGCCAAUGGUGACAACUUUGAGACGGUGACAUGGCUGUCAGACCGGGAGAUCGUGGAGAGCCCCUCACCUGGUUGGACGGCCAGGCAGUACCGAGUAAAGGCUGUUCAGCCCACCCACAUAUUACAGGAGGGUGAUGUCAUCAACCUCGGGGAUCGGCAGCUCAUGGUGCUCCACAUGCCGGGCCACUCCAGAGGAAGCAUCUGCCUCCAUGACAAGGACAACAAAAUGCUCUUCAGUGGCGACGUGGUCUAUGACGGCUCCAUGAUCGACUGGUUGCCUUACAGUACCAUUGGUGACUAUGUCCGCAGCUGCGAGAGACUGGUCGAGAUGGUGGACAAAGAAGAAGUGGAGCUGGUCAUGCCUGGCCACUAUAACACCUUCGGGGGCAAAAGGCUCCACCGAUUGGCCUCCAGCUACAUCUCCAAUGCAGGAACCUGCCAUAAGGUCUCGACCUGUGCAGUGAAAUCUAUAGCCAGCCUUGCACUCCGUUUCUCUAACUGUUGCGGUGUCUGUUAGAAGCCGUUGAAGACUUUAUGCAACAAUUUAUACUUAAAGAUAAAGGUCCCAAAAAGGAUUCUUUGGAGCGAUACCAUAUAGGAACCGCUCUUGGUUGCCUAAAGAACCCUUUAUGGUACCUAUAUAUUUAAGAGUAUAUACACAACAAUACAAAAAACUCGCCUCAAUACUGAACAAUGCUUACUGAAAUAUUCUGAGCCCUUAACAAGUGUGAGAUGGUGAUAUGAAGUCAAAAAAAGAUUUUUGUUCUUGCUGUGUACUCAGCUUACUGGGAUUAAGCAUGAAAAGUUGAAUACUGGGGCCUGAAUUUUGCAAUGUUUGCAAUAGGGCCUUAUAGCACUUUUUGAUCCAGUCCAUUACACUGUAGCUGAGAACGAGGACAAAUUCAUGUAAAAUAAUGCCAACAGUAGCAUUUAGUAGUGUAUUCUAUUCCUUCAGUAACUACAUCUGAAUAACUGAAAUCUAACUUUUAUCAUAGGAAGGCACACGGCAUUGAACAAACUGUAUUGAAGCUUUAAUGCAGAGCACUCAGUAGCCAGUAAUUUUCUUCGUAGGUACACUGCUAUACUAAUUGAGGAGUUGUAGGAAAUGACAGAAAAAGUUUGAAUUAGCCAAAUUAUUCUCUCAAUUUCUAUACAAUGCAAUUGGUAUUUGUUGAGGAAUACCUGACGGGAACUGAAAAUGGGCUAGCAGUGCUUCUUAUAAGAGGCAAAAAUUGACAUUUAGUUUUAGCUUUUCAUCUUUAACCCAGAUGCUUGAGUAUGCAGCAGUUUUACAGCCAGAAAACCCAUAAAGGGCACAUGUUCAGGCUACACUACUGCACUCCGUAUGAAUAGUACAGUAUAUGUUAUGGGAAUUGUUUCAUAUAGAGAGUGAUAAUUCAUCAGGUUUUGGAAGUGCUCAAAUAUUGUGCAGGUGUUUGUGGAUGUUUAGUAGAUUACUUUGGAAGAUUAAGUGUGGGUUUAUGUGUGCAGUGAUGGGUGUAAAGAAGUAGAUGUACUUAGCAUUAAUAUCUUUAUACUUACCAAAAUGAAUGUAUUUUGUGUUAUAAGUAAGAUUUCUCCAGGAUUGCUGGAGAUGAAUGCGGUUGAGGGCUGAAAGGAAUGAAGUAGUUAAUAGCAUGAUGCUAAAUGUUGCUAACAGCAACUAGCCAAAAGUUAGCAUUGUGUAAAUAACAUCAUGCUGGUUGGUGACUACUAGCUUCCAUUAAUUAUUAGCAAAAGUAGCAUGUGUGGUUGAGUUUUCAUUGAGUAGGGUAACUUUGUCAUAAGAACGAGCACCUGGAGACACCUAGAGAAGGACAAUCUCUGAGUUUUCUUUAUACUUGUUGCUCUUUCUGAAAGCCAACAGAAGGAGAUAAAUCUCCAUAAUUAGCAGACAUUAUCUGAAAUAAGAGACAGGGUGAAGUUUUUAACAAGAUCAAAAAAAAUUAGCAGCUGCAACAACCACUGUUGUUCAUUUUGAGUGCCAAAGCUAACAUGGCAUGCUUCACCUAUGGUAAAGGAUAAACCUCUGAAUUGUGGUCGGUGGUGAAAAGCAUGAAUAGCCACAGCAUUUACAGACAAAUUAGAACUUAGAAAUUAGCGCGAUUUUUAUUAUUUAUUUUUUUCUUUUUAGCUCCCUUUGAUUUGUACUAUAAAGCUGCUAUUGGUUAAUGUGAGGUCCAAAAGUCUGAGAUCAUAAGUAGCAACCCUACUGUGAUAUAACAGUAAUAAAGCAUUUAAAAUGAUAUUAUUUCAAAAGGCAGAUGGCAUAUCAAAUUCGCAUUCCAUCCACUGAUUGGUGCUGCUAGAAAGAGGGGAAAAAUCACAGCCUGGAAAAACCUUAGAAAAAAGGGGAGUUGCUCGGUGACAGCUACAUGCUACACACCCCACAGAACAGACGUUUGGCUUUCAUUCCCAUGUCAGUCACUUGACCUUGCACUCUCAGAUAUCCUCUAAACGGAAGUCAUUUUAGCAUCAGUUAGCUGCGACCCAGUCUGUGCUGUGGUGUGGCACGUUUAGCCAGCUAGCUAAGCUCUUGUUAGCUUAGCCAAAAUGAUACAGUCCCCAAAACCACAAAACAGUCUCACUUUCAGAUUUCUCUCUCUCCAACGCCAGUCACUUGACUUCUUUUUUCUUUUGAAAAAGCACAGGAAGAGAUGGUGAAAUCGUUCUUCAGAUUGAUGGAGAAUGUGUUGUCGUUGGUUCUGUAUAG